AUGACUCGACAGGGCUACCUCAUCGUCUACAACAAGCGCAGUCGCCCGACCGUGUGCUACCUCUCGCUCGAAGACGGUUUCCUGCGGCAAUACGCCACGCCCGCGUGCAACAUGUGCCUGAGCGAGCUGCAGCUCUCGGGCUGCAAAGUCGACGUCCGGGCGCAGCACCGCGCGGACGGCGCCCCCAACAGCUUCUACCUCGAGCUCCGCAAGGUCUUUGUCAGCGACCGGUCGUACACGCUCGGCGCGGCCCAGCGCAUCGACUUCACCGCGAGCAGCAGCGACGACCGCCAGGCGUGGGGCAAAGCGCUCUUCUCGUGGCAGCGCUUCUACUGGUGCGAGCCGACGGCCGAACCGCCGGCAAAGAGCGCACCCGCGAGCGCAACGCGUCGGCAGCUCGAAGAGCUCCUCGCGACGCACUUUGUGCGGCCGCAGCAGCCGGCGACCGGUCCGUCCAUUUCCUUCACAACGGCCACACAGCCGCUCGCGUUCCUGCGCCGCAACGCGCAGUCGCUGCGCCGGUCGCUGGUGCUCACGAUGACGUCCAGUGCUGUGAACGCGCGGAAGCCGAAGGACAGCAGCGACUGGACGACGGACUGCCGGAAGGUCAAAGUCGGACUUGCGAAGGUCGAGAGGCCGCAAGCGGUCGAGAGCGGCCGCGCGACGACCGUCACGCCGCGUCAGGUACCCACGACGCACUGCGGCUGCAGCUAA